AUGUCCUUCAUCCCGCUCCAGGAGCAGAGGAGACUCAAGAAGAAGCACCUGGUGCAGAGCCCCGAUUCCCGCUUCAGGAAUAUGAAGUGCCCGGGGUGCUGGAAAAUCACCAGCGCCUUUAGCCACGCACAGCCGUUUUGUGUUGGCGGCUUUGCUGUCCUCUGCCAGCCUGCAAGAGGAAAAGCAAAACUUACAGAGGAAUGUUUAUUCAGGUAGAAACAGCAUGAAAAGCACCCUGAAUCAAGAUGAAUGGGAAACCAUCCCAUUAAAUACAUUUUGGAUAAAA